AUGUGCUUGUAUUGUAAGGAUAAGUUAUCUACUGGUGGAAGGGGGGCAAGCACUAGCCAUCUUAAGAGGCACUCAGAGAUUUGCUUGCAGAAAAAGUUGCAUAUCUCUCAAGAAAAUAAGCAAACAACGCUACAAUUUCUCCCGCCUAUUGAAUCUGGAGGAAAUCCUUUCAUUAUUCCUGGUGGUAAAUACUCCAAUGAAAAGAUGAGAGAGAUUAUUGCUAGUGCAAUCAUGGUGCAUGAGCAACCAUUUAGCAUCGUAGAGGAUGAAGUGUUCAUGUGGGCUUUUGAAUAUGCAAAUUCAAAUUUAAGAAAUGUCACUCGUAAAACAGCAAGAAGCGAUUGUUUGCAAUUGUAUGAAGCUGAAAAGAAUACUUUGAAAAAAAUUUUGAAUAAUGUGAGUAAGGUUAGCAUUACAAUAGACAGGUGGAAGUCAAGUCACCAAGUAGUUGAGUACAUGGUUGUAAACGGUCAUUUUGUUGAUGCAAGUUGGAACCUUCAAAAGAGAGUUUUGAAUUUUGUCAAAGUGCCUCCUCCUAGACGGGGAACAGAUAUAGCAAAUGCUAUUUUUAAGUGUUUGAGAGGAUGGGGUAUUGAGAAUAAAAUAUUCUCAGUAACCGUUGACAAUGGAUCUUACAAUGACUCUUGUGAUAAGUUAUCUACUGGUGGAAGGGGGGCAAGCACUAGCCAUCUUAAGAGGCACUCAGAGAUUUGCUUGCAGAAAAAGUUGCAUAUCUCUCAAGAAAAUAAGCAAACAACGCUACAAUUUCUCCCGCCUAUUGAAUCUGGAGGAAAUCCUUUCAUUAUUCCUGGUGGUAAAUACUCCAAUGAAAAGAUGAGAGAGAUUAUUGCUAGUGCAAUCAUGGUGCAUGAGCAACCAUUUAGCAUCGUAGAGGAUGAAGUGUUCAUGUGGGCUUUUGAAUAUGCAAAUUCAAAUUUAAGAAAUGUCACUCGUAAAACAGCAAGAAGCGAUUGUUUGCAAUUGUAUGAAGCUGAAAAGAAUACUUUGAAAAAAAUUUUGAAUAAUGUGAGUAAGGUUAGCAUUACAAUAGACAGGUGGAAGUCAAGUCACCAAGUAGUUGAGUACAUGGUUGUAAACGGUCAUUUUGUUGAUGCAAGUUGGAACCUUCAAAAGAGAGUUUUGAAUUUUGUCAAAGUGCCUCCUCCUAGACGGGGAACAGAUAUAGCAAAUGCUAUUUUUAAGUGUUUGAGAGGAUGGGGUAUUGAGAAUAAAAUAUUCUCAGUAACCGUUGACAAUGGAUCUUACAAUGACUCUUGUGUAAGAAGUUUGAAAGAAAAUAUGUCAUUGAGCAGUAAAAUGGUACUUGAUGGACAAUUAUUCCAUGUUAGAUGUUGUGCUCACAUUCUGAAUUUGUUAGUGCAAGAUGGCCUUAGCACUAUUAAAGAUGUCAUUCUCAAUGUUCGUGAAAGUGUCAAGUUUAUAAAUUUUUCAGAUGCAAGGUUAAAAUCAUUUCAUGAAGUUGUUGAAUUAAAAGGAUUGAAAGAGAGGAAACUUGUUCUUGAUUGUCCAACAAGAUGGAACUCUACAUACUUGAUGUUGUGUACUGCGGCUAAAUUUAAAUAUGCCUUUUCAUAUUACAAUGAAAAAGAACCACAUUAUAAGUAUGCACCAUCAUUUGAGGAUUGGGACAAGAUUGAGAAGGUUUGUCAACUUUUGGAGGUUUUUAACGAUGCCACACAUGUCAUAUCAGGUAGUGAUUACCCUACUUCUAACUUGUAUCUUGCUGAAAUUCAAAGGGUGAAAAAGGCUAUUGAUAAUGCAACUGAGUCUUUUGAUAUGUUCAUGAGUGAGAUGGAAAUACCUAUGAAAGCAAAAUUUGAUAAAUAUUGUGGGGAAUGUAAUUUGCUAAUGUCUAUUGCAUGUGUUUUAGAUCCAAGGAUGAAGUUAAAUAGUAUUAAGAUAACUUUUCCCUUGUUGUAUAAAACACAAAGUGAUGUUGAUAAGAAUGUGGAAAAGGUGAAAAGGGCAUUAGAAGAAUUAUAUCUUGAUUAUGUGAACUUGUUUAGUCAAGAUGCUUCCUCUACUAGUGGACAUAGUGAAUUCAAUGUUGAAAGCACCAAUGUGGUUCAUGGUGUACAGCAAAUGGAUAAAGGGAUGCAAAAGAUAUUGACUAUGGUCCACCGAAAUCAAUCAAUUCCUCUUACAAAAUCAGAGUUGGAGAUUUAUCUUGAGGAAAAUCUUGUUAUUCAUUCUUGUUCUUCUUCAUCUUUUUGUGCCUUAGGGUGGUGGAAAGAUAAUAGUUUAAAGUUCAAAGUUUUGUCAAAGAUGGCUGCUGAUAUACUAGUUGUUCCUAUUUCAAGUGUGGCAUCUGAAUCCACAUUUAGUGCCGGGGGAAGGGUGAUUAAUGAAUAUCGUGCUAGCUUAAAUGAACAAUCUAUUGAAGCUCUUAUUUGUGGUGGGGAUUGGCUUCGUAACAAGUAUGGGUUGAAGAAAAAAGAAAAGGAGGAUUCUGGACAAGAGGAGAUUACGCUUAAGCCGUGA